UGAGUAAGUAACAAGGUGGAAGUAUAAUCCAGUGUAACAAUAUGUUGUCUUUAAUGGUGAAGAAGAAAAAUCAAAAUGAGGUCGGCAUUUCCUAAGUAAAUUUCCACGCAUAAAUCUGCAAACAAAAAACUCAGCAGCAUGGCAUUACAGAAACUAGUACCAUCUACAUUCAGGAAGAGGUUGAAACGUGUAUUCAUUUUUGUGUUUAUAUUACUCUCGAUUUUUACAUUGUGCCUAAUUUACUUCCAAUUUAAUUUAAAAGUUAGAGAUGGUCAAAUUAAGAUCAGUGAUCUAAUAUCAAUGCGUGAGUUAUAUAGAUGGGGUUUAUUGAAAGAAAAUAGUACUGAAGAAGUCAUUUUGAAUACACCAGGAUUUUCUCCGGCUCCUAAAGUAGAAUUAUGUGUUGGUUGCAUAGACAUACGUCUUUUUCCUUAUCUCAUAAAUGAACCGGAUAAGUGCAAGGAAAAAACCCCAUUCUUGUUUCUGUUAAUAGCCACAGAGGCAAAAGACCUAGAAAAAAGGAAUGCAAUUAGGAACACAUGGGCCCAUGAGGUCAGUGAUGAAGGAAUUCCCAUUGGCCGUCUCUUCAUGUUGGGUACAAAUGCUGCUUUCAGUCAAUCAAUCAUUCAGGAGGAAAGCGAUACCUACCAUGACAUUAUCCAGAAAGAGUUUCAGGAUACCUACAGAAAUCUAACCAUAAAAGUCCUUAUGGGUAUGGAAUGGAUCACUAAUCACUGUCCUGGAGCUAAAUACACCAUGAAGACCGACACUGAUAUGUUUGUUAAUACUGAACAUAUAUUGCAGAUACUCAAACCAAACGAGACGGCCAAACCCAACUUCUUCACUGGUUUGCUCAUGAGAAAUGGAAAUCCUCACCGAGACAAGUCAAGCAAAUGGUACGUGUCAUAUUCAGAAUAUCCAGACAAUAAGUAUGCAGAUUUCUGCUCCGGAACUGGUUACUUGUUUUCUACAGAUUUAGCUCCAAAAAUAAUAAGGUCAUCUAUUCACAUACGAUAUCUGUCCCUAGAGGAUGUUUUUGUAGGACUUUGCCUUCGAAGAGAAGGAGUUGCAUUGACAACCCCAGAGAAAAACUAUUGGUUUAACAUCCAUCGAGUUCAUUUUCACCCCUGCACUUAUAGAAACCUGAUUACCUCUCAUGGAGUGGGACCCAAAGAAUUAAUUGAGUACUGGAAUGCUGUAAAGAACCACAAAGGCCAAUGUUAGUCUCUGAACGGAAUUCAGUAUACACUUUUAAAAGGAGAACGGAGACAUUUUUUUAUUUAAAUUA